ACCGCGGCCCGUGCGCAUGCGCACACGCGUACUGUCGAGAUCUAAUAACCCGCUAGUGUUAGUGAAGUGUCAAUGUGUGUGUAACUAUCAUCCCUUUAUACAUUACGAUAGAGGGAUAGAUGGCGUCGCAACCGGUUUGAACUGGAUUUUCAGUUGUUUUCUAUGAUGUCUGUAAUGUGUUCCGAGCGAGCGACAGUGCGAUUCCUGCGCCCGCGCCGUUCCCACAUCUGAUGGCGUAGAAAAUCGGUCAGAGAUAUCCAGCACAAAUGCUAUUGAAUAAUCUGAUGGAAGACGAGUCGAUGACCACGAAGAAUUUGAUAACAUCAAUAAAAAAAUUUAACACCGACGAAAAAGAGCACGGUACUAUAAAGGCCCUUCUGAAAAAUUUCAUUAUCCCGGAUUCCGAAAAUAUGGCGAUAAAACAUAAGCAAAACUUUAGUGAGAAGUGUAUUUACUCGGUACCUAUAAAACCAGUAUCUCCUACAAAUGAAAGAACGAAUUCAAUUAACGAAGCUAAACAGGCCUUUUUGAAUGCUACUGUGAAUCCGUCGUCUUUGUAUUCAAAAGCCAAAAAAGAACCAAUUUUACAUUACGCUGAGUUAGCAACCACUACAGAAAGCGAUGACACAAGAAGUACUGGAGGAGGUAAAGUUUUAAAAUCUCCAGAAAAAAGACACAAACAAACACCGCCUGUGGAUGUUUUGUCUGCCGUCAAAAAACGAAUAGAACAGCAACCGAGAAAAGUAAGCUUCAAAAUAAAAAAUGCAUCAACAUCAUAUAGACGACCACCUAUAGUUACCAAAACUACAAUGACUAUAACUAGUAAUAAGGUUUCGGAAUUGACUAAAAAAUUCAAUGACUUAAUAAUUGAGGGUAAUAAAACUCCAAUAAAAUCGUCAAAAUUAGUUAAAACGAUAGAAAACCUUCAGACAGUAUCCCGAUGUUCCGCAAGCAACAAUUCCACGCCUUCGUCAACAUUAAGCUCGAGUUCAAACAUAAAAAUAGUUUUACGGCACAGAAGAAGUUCUAAAAGACGAGGUUAUAGGAAAAGAUGUUCAAGUGUAAAUUCUAUUGAUAAAUUAUUUUUAACCGACGACUCUCGUGGCAAGAUACGGGUAAUAAGAUCAAAAUCUGAUGGCACUAAAAUUCCAAAGUCACCGAAAAAGCGUUUAAAGUAUCAAGACUCUAGUGAGCAACAAAGUGGAUCUGACACAAUUGAUGGCAGUCCAUCAAAAUCAAGUAGUUGUGAAUCUCCUAGAAAUAAUCUAGGAAUGCCUAUUGAAAAUAAUGUUGUAAAGAAUGUUAUCAAAAAGUUCGAAUGUGAAAUAAGUGCCCAAGCAACUUGUAAUACAAUGAGAAAAUCGAGCAAUCAAAUUAAUAACAUAUCUUUAAAAGAAAAACCAAAAGUACCUGAAAAAAAAUCUUCAUUAGUUUUAACGAAAAAUAUUGUAUUUAAGGACGGCGUUCCAAAAAUUAAAACAAUCAAACCUCCAGUUCCUAUUCCGUCAAUAACACCAGACCAAGUAAAAGACUCGUUAGACAAUACGAAAAAGAAGGAACCUAUAUAUGAUAAGAGAAGGUUUAAGACAAGCUACAUCCAUUCUGAAAAAUUACCAUUACAUCUUGUUGAAAUUAUACAAGAAGACGCCAAGGAAAUCUCUAAUACCAUUGCGUCGGAAGAAUCCAAGGCAACUGUUGAAUUAAAAAAUUCAACAGAACAAGCAACUGAUGAGGAACCCAUGUACCAAGAAAUAGAUUCUCAAAUUACACCUAACGAUUCAUUUCUAUGGCGCAGAAAAAGUACACAAAUUUACGUCGAUCACGAUAAAUCCGUAUCAGACAGUACAUAUGGCUUCGUAAGUAUGAUGAUGGAUGAAACAACUCUUAAUGUUACUGACACGGAUAGUACUCACAAACAGUACGCUCCGGUAGGUGAUUUGAAAGACUCUCAAAAUAGUAUCGAUAAGACGGAAACAAAAACUGAAACGAAUUCAGACUUUGAGAGUAAUUUAGUUGAAGCUUGUAAUAAAGAUGUUCUUGUUAGCUAUGUAUCAAGCAAAAGCGAACCGGUCAUCGAAGACGAUUAUGAACCUUUGGAACCGCAGGAAUCUGAUAAUGUACUAGUCAUAUCCAUCAAAAGUGACAGGUCAUCUAAAAUUAAUUGUCCGUUACCAGAAAUACCUAAAACAGACAGCGAAGAACCUUCAAAUAAGGGUGAAAAUAUAUACCACUGUCUUUUAGAAAUGAGAUCACAUCCUGAAGGAGAUGAGAACAGUCUCCACAAUUAUGAACUGUGCGGUAAUCAACUGGAAGAAAGGACAAGAGGUGAUGGCGAUAGUGACGAUGGUUACGAGUAUUGUAAAUAUUCCGUCAAACCGUUCUGCCAUACUUCUAGUUCGGGUAUACAAAUAGCCGAAAAUUAUAACCCACAAAUGCCUAAACCUAACGACAAAAACUAUACCAUAACUAAAUCAGUAAGUGGUACGUCAACUGUUAGUUAUGAGAAGAUUGGCUCCGACAGAAUUUACGAGAAAAUUCCACCACGUCCACCCAAAUCCAAGGAAAGUAGUCCUAAUUACGGGAAUAGGCAUUCGUUUGUCUCAUCAGAUUACGCGAGUUACAAUGAUAACGAAAAUAUUUAUGACACAAUAAAACACGCUGAUGCUCAAUCACAUUGCUACGAGAGUAUACCGAACAGUCCGAGCAUGGUGAAACUUAGGAAUAAUUUGAAGAAGCAGCUAGCGUCAGCGGUGCAAAAGCGAUUGUCCUUCGAUAACGUUUCGAAUAUUAGCCAAUCGACGCUAUCAAGUGAACAGAAGACCAACAGCAUCUAUGGUCAGAGGUCUGUACUAAGUUAUAAUGGCCAAGAAAUAGCUUUUCAAGUUCCGAGUAGCGAAACGAGUGCUAGUGACCGCAGUGAUAGGAGCGAUGAUUGGGUGGAUGUCUCCGAUGAAGAAAAGACUGAAGAGAAGAAAAUAAUCAUAGUUAGGGAACGAAGUCGGGGCAGAAAAAGUCCGGUCAGCUGGUCGCAGAAAGUUCGCCAUCAAUGGGUUAACUCGCCGAAACAAAAUGAAAAUAAAGACUGUGACAGCAGCGACUCUGGUCAUCUCUACGAGUCGCUGGAACCACCGUCACAGCCGCCAUUGCCCGCACUGCCGGCACCCCCCCUACCUGAUGAUGACUUCGACUCCUUCGACAGCGAUAGCGACUUCGACGAACAUGAGAGGAUCAAUGAACCUGAAGUACCGCCAGCGCUGCCAGCGUCCAGGCUGCCUCCUGCCCCCGGCGGAGGGCCCUACACUCUCACUAAGAUCGCCAGCGCAGCUCAACGCAAGAUGCGACAGAUCAAACGAAAUCUCACCAAACGUUACUCUGUGGCAAUGGACAGCAAAACAUUCACAAAAACGUCAAACAACCAAAACGGAACGUAUGACCCACCGAAGAACCAAACAAAAUCAAAGUCCCCCAUUUACGCCAAUUACGAGAAACCACAGCACGUGUAUAGCAAUAUCAACUUUAACGACACUAAAAACGUAUUGAAUAAAACCGAGAGUCCCUUAGCAAAGAUCACCGGGACGUUCAAGGAGGAAUUGAAGACUGUGAUAACUGAAAAAAGAAAUAGUCACGGGGACGUCCCUCCACCUUUACCAGAUAAACCCCCUCCAGAGAAGCCGACUACGCCCACAAGUGAUACUAAAAGCAGUGGGACUCUAUCGAGGAAAGCAUACUUUUCUUUCAAGUCACGGUUUAGGAGAGCGACCUCUAUGGCGAUUGAUAUCAACUCUGAUGUUCCAAGUGCGUUGAAGAUAACAAAUUCGACGUUCUACUUGACUGACUCGAUGGACGGUGACUCCGGAUUCAGUAACUGCAGCGACCCGGGAGCGGAACUGCAGUCGCCGGGCGCGGGGGGCGUGGGGCUGGGAGUGGGCGUGGGGCUGGGAGUGGGCGUGGGCGUGGGAGUGGGCGCUGGCAGUCGUCGCGACGGUACGCUACGUGCCUGGUCGGAGUCAUCGCCAUGCCUGGCAUUGGAGCGACCUGCUGUACCACCGCCGCCCCCACCCACGCAACCCCCCCCUGACCUUAGCGCUGUCCACGAAGAACUGAAGCGGUUGCUGCCGACACUGUCGCGCAAGGACAAGGGUCCGCGAACGCGCACCUCUUGGUACGCAGAGUGCGGCGCAGACAGCGCCCCCACUGCUAACUCCACCUGGUACGCAGAAGCCGGUCUGUACCAGGCGGGGAACAUCUCGUCAUCAUCCGGCGCGUCCUCAGGCUCGCACCCCGCGUCUCCGCUCCCACACUCACUUUUUACCCACGAACCGCUCUACCAGUUCUACAACGCCGCUAAAGUCGAGUCGGCGUGCCGCGAGACGGGCGACUCGGACUCGGACGCGUACGAGGCGGGCGGCUCCAGCGCGUCCGGCGGCUCGCGGCCGUCCGCCAUGGCGCUGGUGGCGCCGCGCGGGCCCGCGCGCACCCUCUGGUGCGAGGUGCCCGAGGUCGUCAACUCCGCCGUGCUCAGUUCGUUGGCGCCUGCGCAGAAGCGCCUGCAGGAGGCUAAGUUCGAGCUACUGACGUCGGAGGCGUCGUACCUCAACUCCCUCAACGUGCUGGAGACCCACUUCGUAUCGCAUCCCGCCUUCCGCGACCCACACAUAUUGCCGCCCGACGACUGGGAUACGCUCUUCUCGACCAUCAUACCUGUGCGCAAAUGUUCACAAAUCCUGAUGACGGAGCUGGAGAAGUGCUGGCAGGAGAACAUCCUGCUGCAGGACAUCUGCGACAUCGUGCAGCGGCACGCGGAGGCGCGCUUCCACGCCUACGUCAAGUACUGCGAGAACCAGCCGCUCAUGGUCAAGGCACUGCAGCGCCUCCGGGAGCGCCCCGCCUUCGCCGCGGCCCUUAAAAGACUGGAGAGCCAACCCGCCUGCCAGAGCCUGUCACUGCACUCGUUCCUGCUGCUGCCCAUGCAGCGUGUGACGCGCCUGCCCCUACUUCUGGACGCCGUGCUACGCAACCUAGCGCCCUCCGACCAAGAGUACCGAGGGUGCAUGCACGCGCUCGCCACUCUCAACGACUUCGUGUCGCAGUGCAACGAGGGCGCGCGCACCACGGAGCGCGUGGAGGAGAUGUGGCGCGUGGCGCGCGCCGUGCACGUGCCGCCCGCCCUGGCGCGCGCGCCCGAGCUGUGGCCCGCCCUGGCGCGCCGCGACCGCAAACCGGUUCGGUGGCUAGUAAGGUCGGGCGAGAUGACCCAGCUGCUCUGGAAGAACGACGAACUGAAGCUGACUUUCGGCAAGAAGUACCACAAGGUUCCGCUGCACCUCUUCCUGUUUAAUGACCACCUCGUUAUUACAAAGAAAAAAGGCGAGGAGUCGUUCGUGGUGGUGGAUUACUGCCCGCGGUCGCUAGUGGAGGUCUGCGCCAGCGACGCGGCGGCCGGCGCCAAGCACGCGCUGCUGCUCACUCUGCUGGAGAACCACGAGGGACGCACCGUGGAGAUGCUGCUGGCCAGCCGCGGCGAGACGGACGCGCGGCGCUGGGCGGAGGCGCUGGCGCCGCCGGCGGCGCGCGCGGGCGAGACGCUGUACGCCGGCUGGGACUGCCCGCAGGUCACCGCGCUCUACGCCUACGCGCCCGCGCAGCCCGACGAGCUGGCGCUGGCGCAGGGCGACGUCGUCAACGUCACGCGCAAGACGAGCGAAGGCUGGUUCUACGGCGAGCGCACGCGCGACGGCGAGGCGGGCUGGUUCCCGGGCGCCUACUGCGCGGAGGUGGCCUCGCCGCACGUGCGCGCGCGGAACCUGCGCCAGCGGUACCGCCUGCUCGCGCUCUCCGCCACCUACCUGGGCCAGAAGCGGCGCCCGCUGUGACCCGCUGCCGCGACCUGCGCCAGCGGUACCGCCUACUCGCGCUCUCCGCCACCUACCUGGGCCAGAAGCGGCGCCCGCUGUGACUGAAGCCCUACCCAUAAGUAAAUGUAAGGACAGAAGGCAGCGGCCACAGAUGAAUGACGGAGAGUGGCGCCCGCUACUCUUGAUUAACCGCGGAAGAGUGGCCCUAUCCACGACAACAAUGAUAUAAUUAUGGCAUGAUAACUGCCCUCAUGAUUUUUUUAUGUCAGUGUUACCGUAAUAAAAAACCUAAUUUAAUUUAAAGAAAUACCACCUAACAUAAUGCAAAUUGGAAAAAAUGUGAUUUCGGAGCAAUUGAUUCUAUUUUGUGGAUUGUGCCACGUUUCCGCUGAGCUCGAAUCGACUGAACUCACGAAUCUCCUAAAUAUCUGAAAACUAAUUUGUCAAAAGAUAAAUAAAUUAUCAUAAACUUGAACAUUUCUUGUUUGUGUUUUUUUUUUUUUUUUUCUUAUGAAUGAUAAUAAACUCAAUUUUGGUCUGAAGAAGAUUUAAGUAGCUUGCGUAUUAACAUACAAUAUGCCGAGAUGUUUUCUUAUCAGCUAAUAUCAAUAUCCAACUAAUCCGUUCUUUACCACAGACUAUAUUACUUCACAAAAUACUUUUAUCACGUAUUAUUUAUCAUUCUCAAUAUAUCCAGCUAAUAUAAAUAUUGUAAUUUGAUUUGCUAUUUUUUAUUUUAAAUAUAGAAAUUGAACUAAAGUUCAAAGUAUUUUGCAUAUAUUUACAACGCUAUAGUUUAUAAACAAUACAUACGUAAUAAAUCACAAUAUUUUCACCGUGUUUUAAGAGUGACAUUAGUGUUUCCGUCCAGAAACUGCCUUUGUAGUUUUAAGACACUUGAAAUAUUUAAUGCUCGAAAUCCAAUUGUCGUUUUACUUGCACCGAGUUUGGCCUAGAGUUUAAUGUUGGUGCUUUCAAAUUUUAUAGUAUUAAAUGUUAAAUUAAUUUAAACGUGGCACGCUAAUUGUAGCUAUUUUAAAACUAACGUAAGUAUGAAAUGUACAGUUACGAAUGAGAUUUACGGAAUUUUUAAUGUACAGAAUUGUUUUUGACAUUAUUAAUAAUUUAGUUUUAAGUUUCUGCAUAACAUUUGGAUGUUUACCAUUAACUAUCAAGAAUUUUUAUAUACUUAUAAUUAAGUAAAAUUUGUAAAAAUUUAUCUCUUUGUGUGUAUCUACGAUUUAAAUUUUUUAGUUAAUUUGAGAUAAUAAUUUGAUUAAAGUAUGUAUAUUCACUCGUCCGCUGCUUCAAAAAUUAACUAGUCAAAUAGCGGACUUGUGAAGUUUCAACAAUCUAAAAAAUUAAGACAUUGACCAAGUUUCCAUAAACAUUCCGCUUCGUUAAUCAGAAUUUUACGACAUUUAUAUGAACCGGAGUACGAUGAUUAUAUAUUAUUUUAAAUUAUUUUUAUGUAAAAAUGUAGACGAUAUAUUAAUUAAGAUUAUGAAACGAGAAUAAUUGACAUCAAAUAUAAUUUUGUAAAAUAAA